UGUUUCCAGCCAGCAUACCCACGUAAGCACAAACACGGUUGAAACAGAACAUUCUUAUUUAGUCUCAGGCCAGAUAUUUUAAAAAGUCACUCAAGCGCGACUGUAUAUUUCUGUUAUAUACCUAUACACACAAGACAGUGAGCUAACUACUAUAUCUAUUGUUCUUGGCUGUGACAAGUUGUGUAUGAAGAUGAAUUCUGGAACUCUGUGUGUUCGUUUUGUGGUGCUGUGUGUUGUUUUGAUCCACUCUGCAACCUCAGGUUUGGCUUUUAAGUGCUACACAUGUUCUUACAAUCGGGCGGGAACAGGUGUCACCGACUACGAAUGUGUCAACGCCACUCUCAGCAAACUACAUCCGAUAGCUUGCACCUCCCCCAAAGUGUGCACCGUUAAAACAACAUACAGACAGACUUUUGGUGUCGUCCAAUCUCUAGUAAGGAACUGUUUGGCAAAAGAAAACAUUGUGACCAAACUGAACGAGACAGCGUGCACUAUACCGGAUGGCCACGGCGGCGCCGACUGCUACUUUCAGUGUGACAGCGACCUGUGUAACGUCGUCGAUGGCAACCUGUAUGUUCCCAAGGGCCCCGGCGACAGCGCACCAGGUCUUUCAUCCCUCCUGUCAGUCUUCACACUGAUGCUUCUUACUGUAACACUGUCUUCGGUAGCAGUCUAUUAAACAACAAACCACAUACAAUUUAACAUGUCAAGAUGGAGUGGGGGUGGGGUGAUUUGGGGUGG